ACUAACACUACAAUGCAUGGACCAAAACUGAAACAGUGCUAUUCGGUGCUGUGAAAUAUAUUUAUACAUUCACAUUCUGACCUUUGUGAGGGAAAUGACUCAGACUACCUAGAACAUAAGAGAGUAAAAUGUGAAUUUACAUUUAGCAAUAAUCCAAAUGGAUGUUUUACCCCUGUGACUUAGAGUCAAGGAUGGUUAUAAAUUACAAUAUAAUAACAUGACCCCAAUGUUAUUUUACUGUCAACAUGUCAGUAUUGCUCUUUCUGUAAAGAAGUGUUCAUUAUCAUUUUUACAUUUACAUUACAUUUUAUCACCUGGUAUAAGUUGUUGGAUUUAGUUUGUCUUUAAAUAUAUGCAUUUUUAUUAUUAUUAUUAUUUUUUAAAUUACUUAAACAUUUUUCUUUACUUGACACCCACUUUCAAAACAUUCCAUGACCCAAAUUUGGGUUGUUGCCCACUGUUUGAGAACACGGCUCUAAAGUAUCUUGUUGCAUUGGACUGUAAUUCAAAUGACACAAAUUUGCACAAAUUGUAAAAAGGUUUGAAAUGUGUGUAACUGAAAUGCAGCCCAUCCUGAUAUUACAGAAGACUAAAUAACAGUGUUUCCUCUGCUCUGGGUGAGUCAAUGGUUAUUUCCAUCAUCGAAAAUUUUUUUAAUAAAUAAAGUCGUACUGUUUUUACACCAAUCUGUCUAAAAAAAAGGUCAUAUUUAAUAUUUAUAAUAAAAUGUGCUGAUGGGACCACUAGGGGGUGCUGUUACACCGUUUUUUGUCUCUAAUGACAGAUAGAUGUUAGAUAUCUGCUCCGAUUUUUGCCUACACUAGAGGGAACUAUUGACCCACACAAGCAUGAAUAGUCAUCACAGGAACCAAUGUCCAAGGCCUCUUUGACGCCCAGAAGCUCAGGGCGACCCUCUUUCGGUAACAACCUGCACCUCAAGUGGGUCACAUGGUCCGGCUCCCUCCCAACAUGGGCUGUCAGUGUGUUCAACAAGAGAGCUAAUCGUACUGACUACAUCUGUGCUCCGUCUAGCGGGCGUGUUUAUGAAGCAGGUUUCUACAACCCAAAGUACGGGCCGUACUGCUACAGCCCCUACUACCCGGUAGAAGCUCGCAACCCCAAGUUCACAGUGCUAGUGAACGAGGAAAACCUUGAGCCUUUAGAAUGGAUGAGUGCCUCCAAGUCAUACACUCCUCCCAACCCAGUCCAAACCCAUGCUAGCAACAAUGUUUAUGUUGGAAGAAAAGAGCAAGGUAUAGGCUCAGCUUACUCCAAAAGCUAUUUUGACGUAGCUUGGGAAGGUGACGUAUCAAGACAUACCAGUGGUUACGAGGUACUGACUCUCAACAAAGAUCGGUAUUCGCAGAAAAUCAGUAACUUCAGGUACGACGUGGACCACAAGGCCACUGUGUCAGAGCCCCCGGUGAUGCUGGGCCAGUACGUAGUGAUCAACCAGGACUGUCAGCCCGUCCAGCAGACAGUCCAGCUACAGGAGAGCACAGAGAGACAGAGCUUCUGGCAAACUGGGAUUUCCAACUCCCUGGCGAUAACCAGCUCCAUAUCAGUGGGUAUCCCUCUAAUCUCUGCCUCCACGGGAGUUGGUUUCACGGCUGAGAAAACCUACACCAACGGUAACUCUGUGACCGAGAUCAUCACGCACUCCCUCACUGUCACGGCCAUGGUACCCGCCAACCAGUCCUGUACCAUUAAGCUGGCGGGGAAGCGAUACAAGUUCAACAUUCCCUUCACGGCCCACCUUGCUAAGCAGUAUGCUAAUGGUAAGGUCCAUACAACCACAGUGUCUGGAACGUACCAUGGUGUUCAGGUGGGGGAGAUACAAGGAUUGGUUGAACGCUGUCAGCCAAUUCCCAGUCCAAGGCCAUGCAACUAGGCUGCUGAUAUCUCCUGUCUGGAGAGGAAUGGUUUUCACCGUUUAUUCGCCUUGUUAUUUAAUGAUAAUUAUUUCUAUGCAUAUUGUGUUAUAAAACAAAUCUGUUUUUGUAUUGAUGAUUCUUUACCUUUAAUGUGAUGUGUAAUAUUUCUAGUCCCUAUUGGUGUGAAGCCAAUGCUAAUGAG